UUCAAUGGUCGGAUACUUUCGCCUCCAGAACAGGAUACCUUGAGCAGGCUCCGAGUCAUUCCGACAGGCACUUGCCACUCAGGGUCACCUGUUUCGCAGCUGGAUUCCCUCGGCUUCAUUUCUGACGUUUAAAUAGACAUGUGGGCAGCUUUUUGAAGUGAAAACUUAAAAGCUAACUGUGGUCCGUUGAUGAUUUAAUUUGUGAACGGCUGUAUACUACUGGCUGUCAUGGACAACGAGCGCGGCUGCCCAGGCACAAAUGAAGCCGAGAACGGAGGCGCGAAUGUUGCUGACAUCUCUGUAGAGGUGGCCACUGUGGAUGCCAUACUGGACAAGCUCUGCAGGAAGUACAGUCGAAGGAGACAGAGGGACCGGAAAAAAGAGAAAAAAAAGAGAGAUCCUCUGUGGAACCUGCAGAACUUGGCCAUUCUCAUCAUUGUGGUGAUUUUCAUUAUAGUGGUGAUCAUGUGGUCAUUGCUGUGGAUUUUCAUAUUCCGGAGGGAAAGCGGCAGUGGUGCUUAUUUUGCGGGGAUGUUCCAAGUUGCCAAUGUGGAGUUUAUUCCAGAAUACCGACACACUGGAUCCAGUGAGUUCCUGUCUAUGGCAAACAGGAUUCAAUAUGUGGUGAGCAGUGUGUACAAGAAAUCAUCUAUAUCCAGACUCUACAGGCAUUCUGUGAUAACAGACCUAAGGCAUGUACAGCCUGUACCCGCACUCUAUGCACUAUUUCUGCUCUGGUGUUCUGCUAGUCAGGGUAUGGGAUGUGCUGUCACCAUGUUAACAAUAUGAAAAUAUUGUGUGCAUUAUUCUGUGGUUUUGUUUCAAUGCGUAUAAUUAUUCAUUCUGGUUGUAUGUAUGUAUGUAUCGUAACUGUCUUGAGAUACAGGCACUAAACUAGAAUUUCUGUUGAAGUUUUUAUGUUUUUUUCCCCGACAUACA